AUGAUGGUCCACUGCGCCGGGUGCGACAGGCCCAUCCUGGACCGGUUCCUGCUUAACGUGUUGGACCAAGCCUGGCACGCCAAAUGCGUCCAGUGCUGCGAGUGCAACUGUAAUCUGACAGAGAAGUGCUUCUCCCGGGAUGGGAAGCUCUAUUGUAAAAUGGACUUUUUCAGGAGGUUUGGGACGAAGUGCGCAGGAUGCCUCCAAGGCAUCUCUCCCAGUGAUCUGGUGCGCAAGGCGCGCAGCAAGGUGUUCCAUCUCAACUGCUUCACGUGCAUGGUGUGCAACAAGCAGCUGUCCACGGGCGAGGAACUCUAUGUCAUUGACGAAAAUAAAUUUGUUUGUAAAGAAGACUACCUGAGCUCAGGGGCGAUCAAGGAAGUCAACUUGAAUUCAGUGUCAUCAUGCACAGACAGAAGUUUAUCGCCGGACCUCCAGGACCCGAUGCAGGACGACACAAAAGAGACGGACAAUUCCACAUGCUCAGAUAAGGACACGAACAAUAACGAGAAUGAGGAGCAGAGUUCGGGUACGAAGCGGCGAGGUCCGCGAACCACCAUCAAAGCCAAGCAGCUGGAAACGCUGAAGGCUGCCUUCGUGGCCACGCCGAAACCCACCCGACACAUCCGGGAACAGUUGGCCCAGGAGACGGGACUCAACAUGCGGGUUAUACAGGUGUGGUUCCAGAACCGUCGGUCUAAGGAGCGGAGGAUGAAGCAGCUGAGUGCUCUGGGAGCCCGGCGGCACGCCUUCUUCAGAGGGCCCCGGAGGAUGAGGUCCAUGGGGGGACGACUGGAGGACCCAGACAUACUGGGGCCUGGGGCCUACGGAUACUACACAGAGUACCAGGGCGACUACUACGGAGGGGGAAACUAUGAAUUCUUCCCCCACGGCCCUCCCUCCUCUCAGGCUCAGUCUCCAGCAGAAUCCCCCUACAUCCAUGGAGUGGUCAUGGAGGGCUCUGUGUCAGCCCACCACCCCUCUGACGACCAGAGGUUCACGGACAUGAUCUCCCACGCAGAUACCCCCAGCCCAGAGCCCGGCCUGCCCAGCUCCCUGCAUCCUGUCCCUGGUGAGGCAUACGGAGGGGGGCCCAGCCCACCAUUCUCCCUGGCUAGUAACUCCAGCUACAGCGCCCCCAUGUCCCACCCUGGACAGGAGAUGGGAGAGACCACCGUCUGGUAGACUAGAGCCUGGGUCUGGGUCUGGGAAAGGGAUGAGGGUUUCGUUGGGGGAAGGGUGAACUUCCCAUUUUCGAUUCAAUCAACACGGGAGAUGAAUUUGAAGACAUUAUUAAUAAGUAGUUAUGAAUUAAAAAUGGCGUUUAUGUAUUUGUUAAUGGGAUUUUUCUAUUCACGGAUUGGUAUUUUUUGAAUUGACUUGCUGAAUUGAUGGAGUUGAAAUGGAAUUGUUCCCCCUGACUCUUAUCCUUCACGUGAAGGACUGAGGAUGGAUGAUGGGGUGGCUUCGCUGGACAUAUCUGAACUUUGUUGUACUAUUCGCUGCCCUGUUCAGCCCCGUUAGUAGAAAUACACUCCCACCCACCUCUGGGACAAAUUAACUGGGAUUGGAGGAAGAAAGACGCUUCAGCGGUUCCUCUUGCCGCCUUAUCACCCCCCCCCCGUAUC